AACUCUUAGGGGCUCGGAACUCUUAGGGGCUCGGAGACCAGAGGAAUCCCCAAGCCAGGAGGAGACUGGAUGGGUGCAUGGCGGAGGCUAAGCCUACUCGUCCAGCAGCGCAGGUCUGAGCGGCGGCUGCCAGGAGCGGGCCUUCCCCGGCGCCGCGGAGGGCCCCUCUCAGAGAACCUGCCCAUCCCGCUCUCCCACCCCUCCCCGUGUCCGACGCCCAUCUUUCUGUGCUGAGGCCCACGCCUUGGCACAAAUUAAGUUUGCUUCCCCGGGCUCCCAAGACACGGUACAGUGGACGUUAUAUGAAGUCACCGACGAACUCCCAAGGAUAGCCAGGUAUGUGACCUGUCCCCGGGGGACACAAUUCCACCCUCCAGGAGCCCGCAGCGAGAGGGACAAGCAAUGCCGACGCGGUAUGAGACGGGCCUGGACAAAGGGAUCGCACAGGCCGUGGCUCCCCACCCCGCUCAAAACCGACCUGACGACCUGCAGGGCGCAGCUGUCCGCUCGCUCGCUCUCUACCGGGCGAAAUGCGCCGCCUGCCGCCCAGACCCAGCGCCGCCCGCGGCUCUGGGACCCGCGGGACGACGGCUCGGAACUGGAGAACCUGGCCGGGAUCCGGCCGUCUCAACCCCGACGGGAUACCCAGUGCCAGACGCGCUUCCAUCUCGAGAUUAGACACUGGCGGUAGUUUUGUAAAAUCCACGGCUUCAUACUUGAGGAAGCUAAUCUCACAGAAAAAGCUAAACCUUCCGCGAAACUAAACGUUCAAAACCAGAAAGCUAUAAAUUAUACCCACAUAGAAGAAGUCUACAGAACGCAACGUACAACCGAAAAGUUAGCAGUGAAAACAAACACACCACCUCCUUAAAGUUUUCCCAGGUGUUCGAAAGAUAAGAGGAUCCUCAAAGUUCACGUCAGACGGGUAAUGUGCCGAGGUCGUAACAAGGUUUGUGGGAGGCACAUCUCACACACAGGCAUGAACACCCAAUCAUCACACUUAUGAACUCCGAAAGGAUCGAAACAAAGUAGCGGUUAAGGGCUCUCGAGGGUGGCCUACUGAUUUUUCAGAAAGGGUGACAGAUAUAGUCCACAUAUAUUCAGUUUUGACAUAAAGAUCCUGUAUAUUUUAAAAAUGCCACUGAAAUUCCGUGACGUUUCCCUUGUUUUUUUACUUAGUAAGUGAAAACACAAACAAGAUUAGCCAGCAGAUCACCCUCUAUGCAAAUUUCCUGCCGCAGCGCCACCUUUUAAAAAAGCCUGGUUCUUCAUUGCUUUACGACGGUAGGUCGUGAAAUGACGGAGUUGAUGCAGUGUAGGCGGAAGCUAGUCUUGCGCUUUGCGGAAACUACGUUAGCUGGGACCGGAUCCUGAUAGGCGCAGGGUGUGCGGGAAAGGCUGCGGUAUCAGUAACCGUGAUCGUAUCAUGCUUUAGGAGUUUAUUCCUUGAACUCUUUAGGGUUUUCUUCUUCUUCCUUUUUUUUUUUUUUAGUCUUCAGAAAGACAAGAGUAAUUUCUCCGCUCACUUUUGGGAGUCUGAGAUUCUGUUACUCCCAGAGAGGUCCCUUUUCCUUUCCUGCGUGCUUUCCUUGACGCACACUUGACUCCUGUGCCGGUUCGACUCCGCCUCCAUCCUCCUCGUGGUCUCGCGUUUUUAUUUGGGUUUAGCUCUGUUCUUUGGGAGAAUCCCAGUCUCCGGGUGAUCUUCCUUCCCUUCCCUCUUUAGCGGAUCCCUUCAUCUUCGUUCUCUUGGGGGAGACCAGCCAUCACUGCCGCGGUCUGAGGAAUGGAGCAUGACAGCGCGAGGGGCUCCCAAUCGCGGGAGGGCUCUUCCUUGCCUGGAGAGCGGCGUUCUUCCGACCUCGGACAGGCCUUCGCCCAGAUUUUGCACCAUCUUACCGGCCAGGAGAUCUCACGGGGCAAGGCCAGAAGCGCAGCUCUUCAGGACCUCAGUGCUCUCAUAGAUGCCACCGAGUGUGAUAAACUCUUUGAGGGGCCUGGCACGUCGCUCCGCGGAGCGCCCGAGCUGCUGGGGCGUGUGGCGAAAGCCGUGGAGAAGUAUGCAGCCCCGCCCAAGGAGCAGGAAGGGAGAAGUGACGGUCACUCUGCAGUGGCCGAGAAAGCGGCAGCCGUUGGGUUACUGCUUCUGAAGCUCUUGAGGAAAGUUGAGGCUGCCAAGAAUGCCUUGGUGUGCCCUGCAUGGAAGACGGGCCUGCGUCAGUUGGCAGGACCCGUCUAUAUUUUUGCCGUCACCCACAGCUUGGAGCUACCGUGGACCAGCCCAAGAUCUAAGGACGUGGCUGGAGAGGUGCUCACCUUACUGCUUCAAGUUAGUGAGUGUGGUUCUGUGGCAGGAUUCCUCCGUGGAGAAGAUGAAGAUGAGAAAGGGAGAUUUACUGUGAUAAUGGGGCUUCUCAAGCCCGAUUUGAAUAAGGAGUCCUGGAAGAAUAACCCUGCCACGAAACAUGUUUUCUCAUGGACUCUGCAACAGGUCACUCAGCCUUGGGAAACUUUCUUUUUUUGGGGAAACUUUUCUUUUAAUUGGGUCAUUGUCUGAUUGCAGCCAGCUGCUGAUUUGCUCCAGUAUAACAGGGCCCAGGUCCUAUAUCAUGCCCUUUUCAACCACCUGUACACACCAGAGCACCACCUCAUUCAGGCUGUCCUCCUGUGUCUGCUGGAUUUAUUUCCAGUCCUGGAGAAAGCCCUGCAAUGGAAAGGAGAUGCAGCUCGACCCACCACACACUGUGAUGAGGUGCUGCAGCUGGUUCUGACCCACAUGGAGCCAGAGCACCGCCUUCUCUUACGCAGGACCUAUGCGAGCAACCUGCCAGCUUUUGUGAAGAGGCUGGGGAUCUUAGCUGUCCGGCACUUGAAGAGGCUGGAGCGAGUCAUCCUUGGUUAUCUGGAGGUUUAUGAUGGACCAGAGGAGGAGGCUAGACUGAAGAUACUGGAAACCCUCAAACUUCUCAUGCAGUAUACUUGGCCCAGAGUUUCCUGUAGACUUGUGGUCUUAUUGAAGGCUCUUUUGAAACUGAUAUGUGAUGUAGCAAGGGAUCCAAACCUUACACCUGAGCCUGUUAAGAGUGCCUUGUUAGAGGAGGCCACAGAAUGCCUAAUUCUCCUGGACCACUGUUCUCAAGGACAAGUAAAGGUAGUGGUUGAGCUGGGAAAAUUAGAAAAGAAGAAGUUUAAAAAUUCCAAUUUACGAGAUGGACAUGCAAGAAUGGAGGAGGUGCCUGCACACCUCUAUCCAUUUCCUAAGAAAGAAGUAAUGACCCUGAAUAGGAAAGCCACAUUGGACACGGAUAAGUACCCCAUUAUGCUCUGGUGGUCGCCACUGACGGGGGAAAGUGGAAGGCUGGGCCAGUGCGGAGCAGAUGCCUGCUUCUUCACCAUCAACCGGACCUAUGUGCGUCAUCACAUGACCAAAGCCUUCCUCUUCUAUGGUACUGACUUUAACAUAGAUAGCUUACCACUGCCUCGGAAAGCCCAUCACGACUGGGCCCUUUUUCACGAAGAGUCGCCGAAAAACAAUUAUAAGCUCUUUCACAAGCCGGUCAUCACCUUGUUCAACUACACCGCCACAUUCAGCCGGCAUUCCCACCUGCCACUAACUACUCAGUACUUGGAGGGCAUAGAAAUCCUGAAGUCACACCGAUACCUGGUCCCCUUGCAGUCCAAAAACAGCCUUCGUAAAAGGCUUGCUCCGCUGGUGUAUGUACAGUCAGACUGUGACCCACCAUCGGACAGGGACAGCUAUGUUCAAGAGCUGAUGACUUACAUCGAGGUCGAUUCCUACGGUGAGUGUUUACGGAACAAAGACCUCCCUCAGCAGCUGAAAAAUCCAGCCUCCAUGGAUGCCGAAGGUUUCUACAGGCUCAUCGCCCAGUACAAGUUUAUCCUUGCUUUUGAGAAUGCGGUUUGUGAUGACUACAUCACUGAAAAGCUCUGGAGACCUCUGAAACUGGGGGUGAUCCCUGUGUACUACGGAUCCCCCAGCAUCACAGACUGGCUUCCCAGUAAUAGAAGCGCCAUUCUUGUAUCAGAAUUUUCUCACCCUAGAGAGCUGGCCAGUUACAUCCGACAACUGGAUUAUGAUGACAGACUGUACGAGGCCUACAUAGAAUGGAAGCUGAAGGGCGAGAUCUCUAACCAGCGACUUCUCACAGCGCUCAGGGAACGGAAAUGGGGAGUGCAGGAUAUUAACCAAGACAACUACAUCGAUGCAUUUGAGUGCAUGGUAUGCAACAAGGUGUGGGAUAACAUUAGGCUUCAAGAAAAGGGCUUACCACCCAAAAGAUGGAAGGCAGAAGUUACUCACCUGAGUUGCCCGGAGCCUACCGUGUUUGCCUUCUCAUCUCUGGCUCCACGUUGGAGGUCUUUGCGAGAGAUGUGGAUACCCAGCUUCGAACAGUCCAAGAAAGAAGCCAAGGCCCUAAGGUGGCUGGUGGAUAGGAAUCAAAACUUUUCAGCUCAAGAAUUUUGGGCCCUAGUAUUUAAGGGCUAAUUCCAAAAAGUAUCAGAAUGAUAUAGACGAAAGACUUCUGGAACUUUAUUUUCUAGGCUGCCUUAAUAUUUGAAUAUAAUAGCUACUCUGUUGACUAUCCUUUAGGAUAAGAAUUGCUGCAGUACUCAUAAUGAGCCCUACGAAAUAAUAGAU